AUGUCUGUGCCCGUCCAACAUUCCACGGCCACGGCGGCUUUGGCCAAGGCUGAUGUCUCCAGUAGACAGCCGUUGAAAGGGACUUAUCCUUCUGCAUGUUCAGUUCCAGUCACCUCAUCGGAGCGCCUGGCACUCGCAUCUCCAGACAACAUCACCGCCCCAAGGUUAUCAGAGGCCGAUACGGUCCUCUACCUCGCAUACGGCUCCAACAUGUGUGCAAAGACAUUCCUCGGCGUAAGAGGCAUUCGACCGCUGUCGCAGGUAAAUGUAUUGGCACCCAGCAUACGACUAAUAUUCGACUUGCCCGGCCUGCCGUAUCGGGAACCCUGUUUCGCCAAUGUUGCAUAUCGAGUGCCAGAGAGCGAGCAUGAGCAUGGCAAAUCCGUCCAUCAGGAUAUGGAAUGGAACGGCGGUCUCAUCGGGGUCGUUUACGAGAUAACCCAGGAGGACUAUCGAACGAUUAUGCGCACCGAAGGUGCCGGUUCAAGUUACAAGGAAAUAGUUGUUUCUUGCUAUCCCAUCGCUCCGCGAGAGGCAUGUCCCAAAGAAGGACAGAUUUCGUUCCUUGCCAAGACACUGUACGGCGCAUAUUCGAUCGAGGAAACCAAGAGGCCUUCCAAGAAAAACUGGUGGCAGCGACUCUUGCAUGGUCGACAGCGUCCUGAUCCCAAUUACGCACAACCGAGCUUGCGCUACCUCAAUCUACUGAGGAUCGGAGCAGAAGAGCAUAACCUACCUGCAAGCUAUCGGGACUAUCUCGAUUCGUUGCAUCCAUAUGUGGUGACGCGCUGGACCCAAACCAUCGGGCAGUAUGUUUUCAUCGUCGCUUGGGCUCCGUUUUUCGUGUUUUUUUUUCUCGUAAUGCCUCGGUCUCGGUUGCUGGACGAGGACACCGGCAAGCUGCCUUCAUGGUUGGCACGAGGGGUGGCAAUCAUGUUCAAAGCCAUGUGGAUGUCGUACGACAUGGUGUUCAAGCCUGUUUUUGGAGAUGGAGAGAGGACAGAAGGAGACAUUGCGGUCCAGAAGAGGUUGGCCAAGUCUGAUAGCCCGAGGUGA